UUAGGAUCAUAUAUGGUUGCACUCAUCAAAGGAAAUAGUGUGUCCUGUGGAGGAACUUUGAUCAAACAGAACUGGGUGUUAACAGCAGCCCAUUGUUUUCCGGAUGAAGAAACAUACAUGAUUUUUGGAGCUUAUUCACGAACUAAAAUGGAGCACGGAAAACACAAGGCUAACAUUACCAAAACAUUUUCUUACCCAGGAUUUAAUCCAAAGACAUAUGAAAAUGACAUUAUGCUUUUGCAGUUUCAAUCAGGAAAAGGCCACCCGCCACCUGUAAAAACCAUUCCACUUACCCACACAUAUGAUGACAUCAAGGGUGGAACUCAGUGUGUCGUAAUUGGGUGGGGAACAAUUAAUAGAAGAAGCGGAUUUGAUACACUGCAUGGAGCCAACGUCACCAUCAUUAGCAGAAAGGUCUGCAAUGACAAGCACCACUAUAAUUCUCACCCUCCUCUGACAAUGAAUAUGCUGUGUGCUGGUGAAAAGCAAGGCGGCGGCGACAGGUGUAUGGGUGACUCUGGUAGUCCUUUAAUAUGCCAUGGGGAACAAACUGGAAUCCUCUCAUUUGUUAGGAAAUGUGAAAGUCACCGAUACCCUGGCAUCUAUGCUCGACUCACGCCCAACCACCUCUCCUGGAUAGACACAGUCAUGAACAAUGGCACUAGCUAA